UGUAAACAAAGUCAGCAAAGCCAUGGCAGUAAGAAUUUUAAAGUCUUAUAAGAUUGUCAAAGGUGUCUUUCUUUUGUAACAAAGUGUUAAAUUAAAAAGUAAGAUGAGGUUAAUAGCACUGGUUGUUGGCUAGAACUGAUUGAAAUUCUGCCUGUCUGUCAAUGUUCUAUGGUGUAUUGAAUUUAAAAUUUAGAAUUUGUCACGAGAUCAUCAAACAUGUGUGCAACAUAUAAUUCUAAUUGGAAAAUCAAUCAAGUAUCAUAUUGUUUGGUUAAUUCUUAUGAUUAGUACCAGAAGAAGCAACAGCAAUAAAUUAUUAGUAGGAGAAAUGGCAACAAACAACUAAUUAUAAGUAGACAUGGUAGAAGCAUUUGCAAUAAAUUACUAAUUAUUAGAAGAAGCAAUGGCAAAAAGUUACUGAUUAUUAGUAGAAGCAACGAAUAACUAAUCAUAAGUAGAUGCAAUGGCAACAAAUUACUAAUUAUAAGAAGAAACAAUGAAAACAAAAUACUUAUUAUUAAUAGAAGCAAAGACAAUAAAUUACAGACAAAAAUAUUAGUAGAAACAAUGGCAAUAAAUUUCCUCAAAGUAGAACUGAAAACAAUUGUGCAGAUUUGUGAUACGCUUGAUAGAAUAAUUUCGCAUUCACUUGGACCUCGUGGAUCAAAAAUCCUGUUGGCUACGGAAACAGGCCAGGUGAUUAUCUCUAGUGAUGGUAAAACAGUGUUAAGAAAACUACAAUUUGGUCAUCCUAUUGCAAGACUAAUCAUUGAUUCCAUGACAAGAACGGUCAAUUUCACAGGAGACAGCAGUAAAACUUUUAUUCUAUAUUUAUCAAAAUUCUUCCAUGAACUUUUACAGCAGGAAUUCAAGUCUACAAGUCACAAUGAUUGUGUAUGUGCUAUUCAAAAGAUUAAAUUUGAAAUCAGUUCGAAAUUGGCUUCAUUCAUAAAAUCAAAAAUACCAGGUUCAGAACGAGUUAUUUCUUCUGGUACAGUUCGUGAAAUUUUAAGAACGUCUUUAUCUAACAGUUUCCAAGAAAGAAUCAUCGAGCAUUUUGUUACCAUGGUGAAUGAAGCAGUCUGUACAGAUGGACAAGAUGAACAAGUAAUAAUAAACAAUAUUAAAUGUAUGGUUGACAACUUUGAUCAGUUUUGUAUUAAAGUUCCAAGUCUACCGUACAGUGAAUCGAGAACUCUGUCACCAUUUCUCAUUCAAAGAAGAUUUGCUGUGUAUUGUCAAAAUAACUCAUUUCAAUAUGUCAGAUUCGUAACAUGUUUGUUCCCAAUAACAGGACAUCAAAAAAAUGUAGAAACAAGGGAAAUAAUAAGCCUGAAGAAUGAAUCAUCUUUAAUCAGAUUCAUGGACCAUCAUUAUUUUCUUUUAAAGAAAUUCGUAGAAAUGUGUAAAAGAGAAAAUAUACAACUUAUUCUAUGCUCGGAACAAGUAUCGGACCAAGCUAUACAGCUUUUUGAAUUACACAGAAUCAGUGUUGUUCCAUAUGUACCAGAGGAAGAUUGUGAUUGGUUGUUAUCAAGUUUAAAAAUAAGUCCAUGUACUAGCAUUUUUGAAACAUUGGAGAGUAAUAUGAUUCACAGUGCAAAAUCUUGUAAACCUUUAAUUUUUAAUGGGAGAGAGUGUGUUCAUUUGGAAUUAGAUUGUCAACUUCCAUUGCCAAAGAUGAUAAUUAUUUGUGCUCCUACUGAAGGUUUAUGUAGUCAGACAUUGCUUAAUUUGCAGAAAUCUUUGAAAACAAUAUCAUCGUUUCUUAAUUCUAAUACUCCAAAUAGUUUAAAAGACGACGAUGGCAACAUAAAGUUUGGAACUAAAAUAUCUGUAAUUGGUGGAGGAGGGACAUUUGAGUUUCUAGUGUCUGAAUUUCUUACCGAGUAUUCACAAAGAGAAAGCUCAUGUAGCAUCAAGCUUCUUUGUAAGAUUUUAAGUACUGCUGUACUUCAAUUACCCAGAAUUCUAUUUCACAAUAAUUCGCCCACCAAACAAUUAGAUCUCAAAAUGUUCCUUGUUUUGUUGGAAAGGAUAAGUAAAGCAAGGCAUGCUGGGAAAUAUUUAGGAAUAGAUAGGAAUGGUCAAGUAUCAAAUCUGUUUGAUAAUGGUGUUAUAGAGUUGGUUGAACCCAAAAUUCACAUUUUACUCUCAAUGUUAGAACUUAUUCAGCAGGUGCUUCGAAUCGAUUAUUUUGUAGGAGUCAAAAUCAUUAAUCACAAUAAUGAAGAUUUUGAUGAAUAAAAUUUAAAUAAUGAUUUAAAUUGAUUUUUCAUACAAUUUCAUUGUUGGUUAAAGA